CCACCCGUUUGUAAUCGGGACUUUAGUAGGACGUCAUUUUCCUCGACCGGGGGUGGCUACCGCCACUCUUGAAACUGGGAAAUACAAAUCACUUAAAGCCUGCGCUCCAUCAAAGGAAUUCUAAGAAUCUAGAGAAUUCAAUCGCUCUUGCACUGAUAUGUCUCUUUAUCACUCACCGCGCGGCACAAAGCGAAGCUCACGGAUAAAGUCGCCCAAUGUUGUGGUACCUACAUCAAAUUCCAGCCGUUCCCUUGUUGCCACACGGACCAUCGGCUCAGUUACUGUAUUUCACCAACUGCAACACCCGAAAUGUCAACAUCGCAAACCAAGAAAGCAUCACACACAUCCACAAUCCACAUACCCAUACCCUGAUAAAACUGGCUAAGAGUAACACACUAGCAGGUGAUGAGGCGAAGAGAAAAAGGAGAAAAGCGGCAACAACAACACCUGAUAACUCAACGACCUCUAGCGACCAGAAUAGGAAGAAAACCCUAAACAAGAAAAUGUCAACAAAUUCCGACACAUCAUCUAUCGUCAGUCACGAGGAAGCUCCUUCAAACAACAGGAUACCACAGGUGAUACGGAAAUCGGAUAAACAACCUUCACACGUAAAGGAAAUUUUCCGAUUGGAACCGGAGAAAGGUGACCGCAUAUGUGAACUAACAUGUCAACGUGACGCAUUGAUCAAAGAAAUUACCGACAUCAAAAAUGAAAAUAGUACUCUGUCAAAUUCAAACUUAAAAAUGAGGAAAGAGAUUGAGUAUUUAAACAAAGAAAUUGUAAAGUUAAAAAGCGAUUUGAGAAGUAAAGAAUGUGUUGAAGAGCUUCAUUGUCAACGUGAUGCCCUAAUCAAAGAAAUAACCGAUAUAAAAAAAGCAAACAAUUCUCUGUCAAACACAAAUUUAAUUUUAAGCAAUAAGUCCGAAUCUUUAAAUGAAAAUGUUGUAAAACUGAAUAAAAUGUUAAAUGAUAAAUCAAAAGAGAUCGAAUCCCAAUUAGCUGAAAUAAAGUUAAGUAAUAUAAAAAUCCAAAAACUAAUUAGGGACAAUAAGAAACUAACUGAUCAGCUAUUGUCACAUGAAAACACUGAUGACAUCCUACUAUCAAAAACUAAUACCAAUAUAAGGCCAAAAAAUAAUCCUGACAGUGUAUCAGCUGAAAUUUUGAGGGAGAAGUUAAAUCACUCUUUUAUUCCAGAUGCCCUACCAAAUAGUACUAAAAGAAACUUAUUAUUACUCAGUGCUUCACAUGGUCGAGGUUUAUCUUUUAUUUUCAAAGAUAUUUUAGGUAGUAAUAGCAAUUUUAAUAUAAUAUCUAUUUUCAAACCAAAUGCAAUGAUCGAACAUGUAAUUGAAAAUCUAGAAGAUCUAACUAAAAAUUUCACUGAGGAAGAUAUUGUAGUUAUCAUUGGUGGUUCUAACAACUUUAAUUCUCACAGCAGAUGGAAUGUCAAUCGGUGCUAUCAAAAAUUGAAUGACAUAAUUGAGCGUGUUAAAAAACCAAAAAUUUUUAUUCGUGAAGUACUACCUAGAUACGACCUACCACCAAACAUGUAUAAUCAAUUUUGUCAAUUCGGAGGUGCUUUGAACAAUAUGUUUUCGAGGAUAGCCUCAAAUACUAAUAAUGUUCAAACACUUCCGAACAAAGUAGUUAACAGAGUCCAUUUUACUAACCAUGGAUUUCACCUAAAUAGAUGGGGGAAAAAGUUGUUCGUAAAUGCAAUCAUGACAUCUCUUAUCUAUUAUCAUGAUAUCUAACUAGUAGAUACUGACGUGGCCAACAUAAGCUGGCCGAAUAUUUCAAAUAAGAUGGCUAAAACUAAUUCCAUACAUCACUCUGCCAAAUUUUCGAAUAACUGUCCACCCAUAAUGUGCGCUCAACCACAAUUUAGAUCAUGUAACCAAGGUGGAGUAUCGCUCAAUUGUAUUAAUCUCAAUAUUCGAAGUAUUAUAAACAAGCAUCAUGAGCUCAAUGUUGAACUCAGUAAGAUAGGUAGGGUGGAUUGUCUAUGCAUGACUGAGCUUUGGUUUCAGAAUAAUAAACCUCUUCCUCUUCAAAAACUUGUUUGUGCAGACUUUCUCUCUAGAAGCGAGACUAGAGGGGGUGGUACAGCUAUUUACUUAAGAAAUGGUAUCUCUUUCUCUGUAACUCAAGAACUUAAGGAUUUGGCUAUCGAGGGAAUUUUUGAAAUUAGUGCUGUACUUAUCAAACAAAUCGAUGAAUUUAUGCUUAGGAAACCACUAGCAGUCAUUUCCAUCUAUAGACCCUCAAACCCUCUGAAUAAUACUCUUGAUAAGCUAGAGAUCUUUUUCAGCAAAAUUGAAAUUUUACUUGACUGGCUUUCUAAUAAGCAAUGUAGCUUUAUAAUGGCAGGUGAUUUUAACCUUGCCUUCUUAAAUCCUACUGACCCCAACGUAGUCAGAUUCGACAACCUACUUAAGUCUAUCAAUAGUUCCCGUGUUUUUUUGUCAGAGCCCACUCGUAUUACCAAAUAAUCUAAAACUCUUCCAGAUAACUGUGUUACAAAUAUAGAUUAUAGUGUUGCAUUAAAUUGGGACCCUGGCCUCUCAGAUCAUGCUGGCCAAAGAAUAUGUCUGGAUUUAUGUAACCAUAAGUACAGCUUAAACAAAAAACGACUUGUAGCGAGAAGAAACUUCUCCCAAAGUAAUAGAUGUAAUCUGUUAGCUAACAUUAGCCGCUACUGCUCUAACAAACCUAAUACUAUUAGUCCAGUAAACGAAGGGAAAAAAGAGGGGGUUUGCGGAACAAAUUAGUAACAAGCUAAUUUUUCCCCCCAUUGAUAGUACCCAUUAAGAGGACCAUUUUCCCAAAAGUCCCCACCCUUACCCCCCCUAGGGAUUUUUGCUAGCCCCCCUCAAAGUUGAAAAAUCCCCCUCUGAUUUAAAGCGCUAUAACUCAGCCCCUAAUGUAGCUAGACAUCUCUGUUUUUUUUUAAAAUGUCUGUCUUAAUAUGCUCUUUAAGAAAUUUUUAACAAUUAUACAAAUUUUCCCACAAGUAGCUGAAAAUUUUGAAAAAAAGCGCAAUUUUUUAGAAAUUGAAUUGCUUCUUUUUCAUAAAGAGCGUGAUAACUUUUUUUUGACUGCAACUAUGAACUUUUUAGUUAUUAGAAACUUUGUAGGGGACGCAAUUUCCUUUCAAAUGGAUCACUUGAAAUAAGGAUUUGGCCAAUGAGUGGGGUGGGAGGAGGGCCGAAACAUGACGCGGUGCGAUGCAGCGCAGCGCCGUGCCGCACCCAGCGCUGAGCGGUGCGCCUGGCGACUUGAGGAGCUGGCGAUCGUCUUGAUACAUAAGUUGAUUUCAAUCGAAAUCGUUAUAUUUUUUCUGAACAUACUAUGACUUGUGGCAAAUAUUUUGCCGUACUGGGAAAGAACGCCUCAUGAAUGUUUGAAUGUUGCCGAAUUUCCUCCUAUACAAUAUUUUUCUAUACCUAAGUAAAAUUAUGAAUAUUUUUUCAAUACCCUUUCAGACACCGUAAACAAAAGUGAGUAUUCGAUUCUCUGAAAAUUUGUAAGAAACUACUUACAGGUUUGAGGGAAAAUUCUUAUUAUAUCGGAGGAAAUUGAGCAACGUCCGAAUGUUCAUACGGCGUUCUUUAUUGGCAUGGCAGUAUUGCCUCGCUUCAUUUGACUAUGAACGGAUUAAGAUGGUGGCCGAAGCAUCCUUAAAAACACGACCUCUCGAUGAAAAGACGGUGCCGAGCAUGUUGUGCAGCAUUCCGCUUUCACUUUAAUUCCUAGGAAAAAUGAAUGGAAAUAUCCUGUAGACAAAGUGCCGACCAGCGGUCAAGUUCGGAAUCUGAGGGUAGGAGCCAGGAUGGCUCCAGGAGUCGGAGGAUGUAUUGUAUGAGGCGCGCACUGAAAAUGACCGCGGUGGAAGGGUUCAUUCUCUCAUUAUGCUGCAAGAAUGUGAGAGGAUCGACGGAAGAUGCCUUCUUAAUCCUCUAUUAUUUUGCAAAAGUAUGGUAAGGAUGAGGGGAGAAGAGUCUUGCUGCAUUUUGACUCUGAAAAUGGGUUUUCAGGUCAAAAAUUUUCACUUUCCCACCAAACCAACUCAGUCCUGAUCCGUGGCUCCUAGCCGUCUGUUGAAAUCUAUUCGCGUCAUUAUCGUGCCUUUUCUGCUUUUCACUUCGUGUUUCAUGGAGAUCUUCAAAAAUUCUCUACAUCCGAUUACGCGAUUCUGAGCUCAAAAUCGAAUAAAUGUGCUGGAACUUCACCUUUUAUUGACUAUUUGCAAGAAAUCAAUAAAGUUUCGCUAAACCUUUCUUAACGGACAUUAAGGUAAUUUUGAGAGCUAGGAAACGUUUCGAGACAUGUAAAAGUGUUCAGACCCGCAAAUGUGUUACUCGAUAAUAUAUGCCUGUGACGUGAACUAAAAUCAUGGGAGCCGAACUCAGUGAACUUUUCGUAAGGAUCGUGAACUUAUUUUUGAUAACGCAAAAACGAGCCGCGACAACAAGUUGAAA